AUGGGUGGUAAUGGUGGUGGUGGUGCCGGUGCCAGUGGUGGUGGAAAGUCAAGCAAAGGGCCAAGUGGUGGUGGAAAGUCAAGCAAAGGGCCAAGUGGCGGUGGGUCGGAGGGAUGUAUGAAAGCCCCUGGCGGUGGUUCAUAUGGAACUCAGAUUUCACGAUCAGCAUUUGAGAGCAACCCUAAGGAAUACUUCACUGCUCUUCAUGCUGCAGAAAAGGCUACCAAAUAG